GCAGCCGCAAGGCGAUCAUUCUCGAACUAUUCGCGCGAAAGAUGAGCGCGUGUGUGCGUCUGACGGCGAGAGGCCCGUGUCACUCUCUCUCUCAUUCUCGCUCUGCGUUUAUAGGAUUGGGAUUACUACCCUGCUUCCUCCUCCUCCUCCUUGUGGGUGCGGUUCUUUUGAGGGGCGAAGAUGAUCGAGGUGGUGCUGAACGAUCGGUUGGGCAAGAAGAUCAGGGUGAAGUGCAACGAGGACGACACAAUCGGUGACCUCAAGAAGCUCGUCGCCGCUCAGACGGGCACCCGCGCUGAGAAGAUCCGUAUACAAAAGUGGUAUACCAUCUAUAAGGAUCACAUCACUCUCAGCGACUAUGAGAUCCACGAUGGCAUGGGCCUAGAGCUCUACUACAAUUAAAACUGCGGAGCUACGGGAUUCUGUUUCCUGGGAACGCAGGAGAUCAACGUGAUUAAGGCACAAAAUUGUUGUAAAAUAUAAAUAGCUUGUCUAGAUACUGCUGAAUAUGCCUGUAUGCACCUUAAUGUGUAAUAAUGAUGAAUGCAAUUAUGACUGGCUUGUGAAAACUAAAAACAACAAAAUUAUGGAUAUUGAACAGCUUUAUAUUUGUCUUA